AUGGCUUCAUCUGCUGCGCUGACUACCACUCACCUCCCGCAACUGAGAGCUGAGCUUGCGGAUUGGAGGCAGAAGCAACCAUCACAGGCCAGCUUCACCACUUCCCUGCCAGUGUCAAGUGUCAGCAACACCCUAGACACUACGGUGGGUAAGAAUGUCAUCGUCGCGUUUCGGACCCGCCCCCCUCUGGAGAAUGAAGCAGAAACCAAAUUCUCUGUGUUCGAGCGUGAUUUAGGAGAAAAUGCUCCAGAAUCGGCUGACCAGGAAGAGGAAGAUUUGAAACCGACUGAUGUCGCCGAAGGACAGCCAGCGUUUUGUGCAGGCAUUAGUGUCACCGCUGCAGAGCCUGGGGAGUUCGUUGCGCACGUACCAGGAUGGAAGUGGAACGGCCCCACAUUGACUCACAAAAGGUUCUCCUCCGACAUUGCAUUUGGCCCCGACGUGGAAAACGAAGAGGUCUAUCAACGUACGGUGGUCGCUCAUGAGUUUCUCACUCUUGCACUCUCCGGUGGUAUAGCGUGCAUUCUCGCCUAUGGCCAAACAGGCUCAGGAAAAACGUUCACAAUCGAAGCGCUCGAGCAACGAGUUGCGCGAGAUCUGUUCACAGUAUCGAAAGUCAUGGCGCAGCGCCUUCGCGAUGCGGAGCGAAGAGAUGCAGCUCAGAGUGAUGCCCCCCUAGACGAAGCGGAAGGCGAUAUCUUCGAGUUCAGUGCGACGUUCCUAGAGCUACUUGGGAAACGUGCGGUAGAUCUGCUGGAGUCUGUGGAUGGCCUGUCUGUUGAUUCACAAGGUCACCCAAUCCGCACCGAGGUUGUGGUUCAGGAGAACAAGGCGGGCGAAGUACGCCCUAAGUUGGUUUCAACGGUAUUCCGAUCGUCGGAUGAACUCGGGGGACUUAUCGCAACGGCCCUUUCUCAUCGACGUACCUCUGCGACCGCGCGCAACGCAAGAUCCAGCCGUAGUCAUGCUAUUUUGACCAUCAGGAUCAAGAACAAGCUACUGCCAUACGCAGAUGAUGGACAGCUGAUCCUCGUAGAUCUGGCCGGGAGUGAACGCUAUGAGGACUCGAAAAGACAUGACAAGCAGCGAAUGACAGAGUCCAAGGAGAACAACACAAGCCUUAUGAAUCUGAAGGACUGCGUGCGUGCGAAGGCAAAGAUGGCCAACGAGGACGGCUUCGUGCAUAUUCCAUGGCGUAUGAACAAGUUGACCAUACUUCUUAAGUCAAUAUUUGACCCGGAGUCAAGGCAAACAUCCAAGACGCUGAUCAUCGCGCAUGUUUCGCCCCACAUUCAGGAUUGUACGCACAGUGUCAACACGCUCUCGUACGCCUCCCCGUUCAAGACCUCUCCUCCGAAAGCCAAAGGUCCCGCGCCGUACGACCCGACUGACCCACGAACUUGGAAUACGGUGCAGACGCAGCAGUGGCUGAAAGAAGAAUUCACCAAACGCGCACGCACGAGGUUAGCUGCGGCAUACAAGGUGAAGGAGAAGGACGUCAGGGCGCGGGUCAUUAAAUUACCGCCGCCGGAUAUGAGCGCGCCAGUAGUGCUUGCAGUAGAUGUGGAGAAGCUGUGCCCGGAGGGCAUGACGGCGACACACUUUGGGCGGAUGUACACGACCGAAUUCGUCCAGCGGGUGAUGGAGCUAGCGACGUUUAGCGAAGAGAAUGCGCCGCACGUUGUGCGCUCUGCGGCCGCAGAGGUGGUGGGGUCGCUCACAUACCUCCUUCUGACCGCGAAGACAAGGACGCGGAAGGAGAUCAUGAAGAGCCGAAAGAAGUUGACGCUGGAUGCUACGUACGGUGAAGUCCCCACACGAAUGGUAGUGUCAGCCGCAGGCGCGGACGUCAUUCAAGUGCCGGAGUGCCGCCAGCUGCGCUUGUAUUCGGACGAGGAGAUACAGGCUACUUGGGAACAUAUGGGCAAACGGUGGACAGAGACGAUCGAUACCGCGAUGGCUGAGGCUGAUGCGGAGCACGAGAAUACGGAUGAUGCUCGGGUCUCCGCAAUUGUGGCGAUGUUAGAUGCAUGGAGGGCUCUUGCAAAACAAGGUGCAGAGACAGUUUAG